CGCUGUACCAUGUUUCUUGCCAAAGUCGCAAUAUGACAUGGGCAGACGCUGCAACCCAUUUUCGUAAAAAUUGGUUUCAAUGCCGGCAUUUCGAAACGUGGACAUAUUUCGUCCAAUCUCUGACCGGUAGUACCUGGGACGCCGGGCAGGCAUGAUCGAACCCUCAAAGAUCUACUUUGAUUUACCUCGAUGAAAUACAUUGCUAUUGCUGUGUUUGGCACUAACCAGAACACAACUAUAUGACAUUUUGAAGGAAGCGCUUACUAGUAGACUGUUCACAAGCCGGCAUGGUGUUCUACUGAGUGACAUUCUCUACCAUACUGACCCUACUAGAUCCAGUGGACGAGGAAACCAAGUGCUCCAAUAGCUCUUCCGGCCAUGCACUUCUCCACAUUCACGUCACUGGCUGUGAUUCUGGGCGCCGGCGUCCCCUCUUUAGCAUGCGGAAUCAGCAGAGCUGCCGACCAAGGUCCUGGUCCCAGUCUCAGUCUCUCUCGGCGUCACCUCAGAAUGUCAAAACGGCAGACGCGCCCGCCGGGGACUGAUCCUCUCAAGACUCUCCGCAUCCUCAACCCAUAUCCCGGAAUCUUUGCCUACUACGACGGCCGCACCGGCGAAAGAUUCCAUUCGGAUCAGGGGAAUUGGCUCGACGAUGGCGCCUUUACGCUGGGAGUUGCCACGUACUCGAUCGUGUCAGGCGACACGGCUCUCCUCUACGAUGCCGCCAUCACGGAGCCGCACGCAGAGGCCAUGAUCACGCACCUGAAAUCGAUGGGCGUCACCAAAACGACCACGGUCUACAGCCACUUCCACACGGACCAUGUUGCCGGCGCCGGCGCCUUGCAGCGCGCGGGCACAAACUUCACCGGCCACGAGCUCACGGUCAGCACGCUGAAGAAUCGGGCUGCGAGCUACGCGGCUCUGGACCCGCCCAUCCCAAAGGUCUUCCCGCCGACCACCACGUACAAGGACGUGGCGACGGUGCAGGUCGGCGACCGCACGGUAGAGAUGCACCACUUCCACGUGCACACCACCGACGGGACGGUCCUCUACCUUCCCCAGGAGAAGAUACUCUUUGCCGGAGACACCCUCGAGGACACGGCCACCUUUAUCGCAGAGCCCGACUCCAUCGGCACCCACAUCACGGAGCUCCAGCGCAUGGCGACGCUGCCCAUCGACAAGAUCCUGCCGGCCCACGGCAGCCCGGACCGCAUAGCUGCCGGCGGCUACGGGCCCGAGUUUAUAAACGCUACCGUCCGGUAUCUCAACGCCGUGAAUUCUCCGGUCGCCAGGCCACCUGCGUGGAGUCAGAAGCUGCAGGAGGUGGUCAAGGAUGACGUCGCUGCCGGAAAUCUGAUUUACUUUGCGCAGUAUGAGGAAGUGCACCAGUCGAAUGUGCAAAGCAUACAGCGAGUGAGAAGAGGCGGGGGUCAGGAGUGAGCGAGUCGAGUCUUGCACAUGUUUCUAUGUCGUUGUUCGUAUCGAAUCACCAGUUGCUGUUCUACAAUGCACACCUACCGACCUGUACGUACGUGUUGUUCUCACAGUAUGCGUGAGAGCCUUGAUGAUUAUGAUAGAUUGUACAGUUGAUCUGGUGAAGGCGACUGUGAACAGGACAGACAGCGUGCUUCUUACUUAGCUAGCCAAGUCAUGGCCUCUGCAGCUCUUGAAUCUUAAGCCAUUCUUUUCUGUCAACUUGUCACACGUUAUUACUCAGUGGACCACCUAAUUUUUUCCGGGUUUCAGCAACGACUUCCUCAUCCAGAUCACAAUGCACAGCUGCCAACAAGUCCGUCUAUUCAUACUCAUUAAACUGCAACAAAGGCAGACGCCCAUACUAGCUACGGCAUCGGCACGAAGCCCUUAUCUACCCACCGACUCCCAUCAAACAAGACAUGCUUCAAGGCACCGUCCCGCUGGAAGAAGCAGCUAUUCAUGUUGUUGUUCUUCCUGAGCGGAAACUUUAUGCCGGCCCAGUCAGCCACGCCCGCCGUGACGCAAGCAAGCUGCGUAUCAUGAUCCGCGCCGUCAAACACGGCAUCCGUCGUCGGCCCGCUCCAGUCCGCCGUGUCCGACCCGUCCCCCUUGCUACCGUCCUGCGACAUGAUGUAGAUCCUGCCGUUGUCGCUGCGCCACAGGAUCUUGGACACGAGCCCCUCUCCGCCGACCUUGGCGCUCGCGAAGCCCGCCAUGGGCGCCCGGUCCGGUAUCCUGGCCUCCGAGAGCGUGGCGCGCGUCGUCUUGUUGUUCGAGUCCCGGUCCAGCACCGCGAGGAGCCCGUCCGCGCUGCGGUAGACGGUCCGCAGCUCGGGAGGCUUGAAGUUGACCG